AUGUUCAUUCAUCCACCAAUUCAUGUAUACCAUUUACUUACAAGUGAUCCAAAUGGAAUUCAUUUACGUUGUUACACAUUUGGUCGCGUCAUUUAUGAUCCAAAUAAUUUAUUCCCACCAUUACAACGUAUAGCCAAAAUUCGUUGGGAAACUGGUCCACCGGUAUUAGAGGCUAAGGAUUAUUGGAGACCACGAUAUGAAAUUGCAGAUUUAUUACGUGACUUGGAAGAUUGUGAUUUUGUAAAUGAUGAAGCUACUGCUCAUUUUUUAUUGGUUAAAUUGGUUGAGAGAUUAAUAAGAAUACAAGAACGUUUAUGUCAACGUUGGCCUGAAAAGUUGAAACGUUGUUGUCAAAGUUGGGAAACAUGGGAUCCUGUUGGAGGACGGCUUGCUAAACGUGCCUUAAAUUCCAAUGUUAAAUGGAUUGAACGAAUAAGAUGUUCUAAAGAAUUGGCAAAAUAUGUUUUAGCACCUAUUGGUGGUAUUAUGCCAAUAGAAUGGACGAUGGAUUGGGAAGAAAUACCUGAUGGAGAUUUACCCUAUGAUCCAUUAAUAUUACCCAAAAUAGAGGUAUUUAUAACUCAAUGA